AUGUUUCAAGGAAAAAUUGCUACAUUUCCCCUUUUAAGUGAAUUUCUUGAAGAUUCAACAAACGUAACAUUAAAUGAUUUAAAAUUACUGCUUCAAGAGUACUUGGCCAAAUUACAGUUAGAACUCGAUCGAUAUAUGACAGUAAACGUAGAGCUCAGUAAAUACAGUUGGGGAAGAAAUAAUUUUGAAAUUUCUGUUCACGAAGUUGGUGAAGACAUUUGCGGGUUCCAAGAAGAACUCCUUGACCUUCAAGCUAGUCAAGUCUUAAAAGAAAAUUGUUCAAGAAUGUGUUUGACGCAAUUUUGGGCACAACUAAAAGAUAAACCGAUUUUAUCAAGAGAAUCCGAAAAUUCCCAACCACAUUAUUACUUAUGUGAGACCGGAUUUUUUACGUUAGUUGUCAUCAAAACAAAAUAUAGAAACCGGCUUGACGCUCAACACAAUAUGCGAUGUGCACUUUCAAUGAAUAUACAUCGAAAUAUUGAAGAACUUGUUUAA